AUGGAAAAGACGGGCUCACAGGUCUCGUUGCCCGUAGCCACUGCGCCGCAGAACAGGAAGCGCAGGUCGUGGCACCUCAGGGCGGCCUGCGUUGCUGCCUUUGUCUGCUUGGCCGGGCUGUAUCAUCAUCUCCAGCUUCCUCGUCAUCCUCACCCUCAUCCUCCCCAUCAUCAUCCACAUCACGAUCACGAUCACGAUCACAAUCACAAUCACCACAAUCAUCACGAACCGCCCCAUGACCACCAGAGACCUUCUCCCUACGGCAGAUUUCCCAAGCGAAACGAUCCCUUUCACUUUCUGCCAUGCACCAACGUGACCGUCCCUCCUGCUCUCGAUGACGCCCAUCCUGAGAAGAGCUGGUCGAAGCUGUUUGAUCCAAACCCCAGGCACUGGAGCUGGGGCAACAAGACGGAGAACGACACCGAGGCUCACCCCAAACACGACCCCUUUGCCGGCCGCGGCAUCUAUCUCUGCGGAUGGCUCGACGUCCCCCUCGACUACACCAACGCCUCCGAUGCCCGCAUCACGCGCCUUGCCGUGACAAAGUAUCAGGUCUCCGGUCUCGCCCCCGUCCGCGGCCGCUCCAGGCCGUCAGCCGGCCGCAAGAGCAAGCGCACCAUUGUCGUUGAGCCCGGCGGCCCCGGCGGCAGCGGAACGUCUCUGGUCUGGCGAUCCGCCGAGAUCUUCUCCAAGCGUCUGAGCGACGGCGCCUUUGACGUGCUGGGCUGGGAUCCGCGGGGCGUCAACACGACUCUGCCCGCCCUCUCGUGCUUCCCCUUUGACGCCGACAGAGACCACUGGUCCAUGUUUGCCGGGCAGUACCGCGAGGUCCUCGCCUCGCCGAGGGCUCAGCUCGAGGUUGCCGAUGCCCUGAACGAUGCCAUCUUUGGCGCCUGCUACAAGAUGCACGGCGACCUGCCUCGGUUCGUCAGCACGGCCUUUGUCGCGCGCGACUUGGAGGAGAUCCGCAAGGCCCUUGGGGAAGAGGAGCUCACGGCGCACAUGAUCUCAUACGGCACCGGCAUAGGGCAGACGUAUGCAAACAUGUUUCCGUCGAGCGUGGGCAGGAUGAUCCUGGACGGCACCGAGUAUGUCAAGGACCACAGGCUUCUGGGAGGCUUUGGCUGGACCGCCUUGGACAAUGCCACGGAUGCCUGGCACGAUGGCUUCCUUGGGGAGUGCAUCAACGCUGGACCCGACCAUUGCGAUUUGGCCAAGCCGGUUGAUGGCCAAGCUGUCACGCUGGAGGGUCUGGAGUCCCGUAUGGAAGCGCUCAUCACUUCGCUUAUUACGCGGCCGGUGCCAGGCUACACAAACUUCAGCGGGCCGUCUCUCGUCACGUACUCUGGCCUGGUGGGCGCCAUCUACGGCUCCCUCUACAAUGCAUUCUCAUGGCCGGCGCUGGCGACUCUGCUGUACGAGCUGGAGGCGGGAAACUCCACGCUCGCCUCCAUCAUGCUCGAGCACUCGUCAUGGGAGUACGACCCUUCCCUGCCGUCCCUUCCCAACAAGAAGCCGUCCACCGACGAGCUGACCUUUCUGGUCAUCUGCUCCGACGGCUACGACGCCGCGCUGCCCGACGACGGCCUCGACUGGUGGGAGUCGCUCUGGGCCAACAUGACGGCCAAGUCGUGGGUCUCGGGCAACUCGCGCUUCUUCGACGUCUUCCCCUGCCAGCGCUUCACCCGGUACUGGCCCGCGCCCGCCGAGGUCUACCGCGGCGACCUCAACCAGACGCUCAAGAACCCGGUGCUGCUGAUUGCCGAGACGUACGACCCUGCCACGCCGCUGCGCAACGGGCGGCGGCUGCUCGCCGAGAUGGGCAGCAACGCGCGGCUGAUUGCGCACCACGGCUACGGCCAUUCGUCGCGGGACAAGUCCGACUGCACGGAUGCCAUUGCCAAGGGGUUCAUCCUGCAUGGGGAGCUGCCGCAGGAGCAGGAGACGGCGUGCUUUGCCAAUGAGAAGCCGUAUCUGUAUGGCGUGGACAAGGGGAAAGAUGCGCUGGCGAUUUGGAGGGAGCAUGUUGAGGAGCUGCCGUAUCUGAAUCCUCGUUUGGGUUGA